AUGGCUCUGAAUUAUUCCCACAGGCCGCUUUUCCCAGCUCACAAAUGUCAGGCUGAAUUUGACAAGAGGGUCGGCGGCGGGGCUGUCGGGAUCGAUGGCGGCUGCAGCUCCCGACGGGAUAUUAUCGACCUUUUGCCUUCGGAUCCGUUCGGAAUGGAUAUACAGACUACUUUCACGGCCAUCAGCGGCUGGCUUGAGGAUCAUCUGGAGGUAAUGGAAGAUUUUGGUGGUUAUCGGCUGAAGAAAAAUAACCAAGACUACGGCCUCUUUGCCGGUUUCAGCGUUGUAUGGAACAACAACUACUCUUUAGGGUUUGACUUCCAAUCCAAUUGGAAGAACGUCGAUAAACCCGCCGGCGAGGAUGUUAACAAGAAGAAGGGGCAAACUACAAUCUUUGCAGCGACACCAGCCGUGGCGGAAGCGGCGGUGGAGGAGAAGGGUUAUGGUGGUGGUGGUGGUGGUGGUGGUGGUGGGGUGGAUUUGCUGAAUGUGGGAAUGGUUUGUAAAUCGUUGUAUAAUACGGUUAAGACGGAUCCACUGCUAUGGAGGGAUAUUCACAUUGAGGAGCAGCCUCUGAAUGAGAGGAUAACGGAUGAGGCACUUGUGGAAUUGACCAGUCGGGCACAUGGUAACUUGCAUUGCCUGAGCUUGGUGGAGUGUCCUAGGAUCACUGAUUCCGGCAUCAGGCGCGUUCUUCAAUCCAAUCCCCGGCUGAACAAGUUAUGUGUUCCUGGAUGUACCCGAUUGAGUAUCGAGGGGCUUGUUACUAGCUUAAAAGACUUCGCGUCUGAGAAUGGUUCUCAGCCAAUAAGGUACCUUCGGAUUGGGGGUCUUUCUGGUGUAACACACGAUCAUUUUGAAGAUUUGAAGGUGUUAUUGGGUGCAGACAAGCACCACAAAAAAGGAAACUAUCACAAGCCACAUUUCUUCCUUAGGGGAAAGAUAUAUGUCUCAUGUGACGAUGAUCGUGCUAUCGACAUUGAAGUUUGCCCUAGAUGUGAUAAGUAUAGGUUGGUCUUUGAUUGUCCAUCUGUCUCCUGCCAAGUGAAAGAUCAAGAGGCAAAGGCUGCAGCAGUUUGCAGGGCAUGUGCUAUCUGCAUUCCCCGUUGCGUGCAGUGUGGUAGGUGCAUCAGUGAUAGCGAAUAUGAAGAGACGUUUUGUUUGGAUAAUAUUUGCUCAGAAUGCUGUCUACAUUUAUCAGAGUCUUGA